UCGAAUCGAAGGAGACGAGUACGGGUCCUCGAACGUUGACGACUGUGUUGAUUUUAUUGUUUGUGCUGAGAUACGAGAAAAAAAGUUGACCCGAGGUUUUCUUCAAGUGCUUCGACAUCAUGUACAGAGUUAGAAUACGCACGACCACGAUUAUCGCAUCGGCACUUUUCAUGAGCGCCAUCGUCGUGGACACGGUCAGCGCUCAAUACGAGUUAACAACUACAGACAGUCCAUCUGGUCAAGAGGCAAUCGAAGGUCCUCGAGUGGAGCGCAUGCACGCCGAAGCAUCGGACCCCUGCGCGGCUGGCCAAUGUCUGACCCAAAACUCGGCCAGCCAGCUCGGUGGCAUGUGGUUCGGCCCGAGGUUAGGCAGGAGACGACGCUCCGGCGGCCAAGCCGAGGACAAGCUGCUGCAGCUGCCCUCGUCGAGCGUCUCCGAUAAGAAAAUCCAACAACUCAGCGAGAUACUCGCCGCGGAGCGACCCUCUUGGGGCAUCAUCACUGUACCAGCCGAGACGGAAGCGCAGAGUCCAUCGUUGCGGGACGGCAUGAGCAAAAAUGAAUAUCCCCGAGAGCCACCCUUCACCCCGCGUUUGGGUCGAGAGCUCGAGGAUCGUCUCGUAGGGAUGCAGCUGGCCCAUAGUUUUCUCGAGCGGCUCGACAAUAAGCUCGAUAUCGAUGAUGCCACGGAUGGCCAACAGCAGCAGCAAGACAACUCGCAACCUAAAUUUCCACCCAGACUUGGCCGCCGGAUUCCGGAGCGCGAGCUUCGACGAAUCUUCCGCAGAUUCAAGAUUUACUUUUGAAUGGAUGAUUGUGUCUAAAGAUACUAUUUAUGAUAUUUAUAUUUUAAUUCUCGUUGCAUUUUGAAAUUUUAAAUCGGAAAAAUAAUAAAAAAUAAAAGUACAAAGCUGAAAAAAAAACUUCGAGGUGAAAUUUUUUUUUACCAUAUGGUGACUUUUGUGUAUGAUCGGGUUGCCAUUAUUCCCUCAGAGUAGUCUUCUUUUCGUGCCCAUGACAAAUUUCACACCGUUUUCCAAUGAUAAGAUUAGUAGUCAAAAGUUUAAUAGUUACACGGGGUUAAAUAUAUUUAUAAUAACUCCACACUCACUGUGAAACUCAUUGAAAAGUCUGAUUUGUGACUAAAGAAAUGUUUCUCAAAACUUGCCCUAUAGAGGAAUGUUGAAUUCGUAAAAUAAAAGUAAUUUUUAUAAAGAUGAAUAAAAUAAAAAAAUAAAGCUGAUUCUUUUGAUUUACAAAAGUGCGGCUUAAAAAGGAAAUUUCUUCUAUAGUUUUCGGGUACAUCGAUUUUUUUUCUCCAAAAACUUGUAGUAAACAAUUCUUUUUUUAAAUUUGUAUGAGUGACUUUUAUUAAUGCAACAAAUUAUCAUACUGAAUAUAAUAAAUAUUAAAUCGCAGCACGAGUGUAUAAUUAUAAAAGUAGUUCAUAGAUGUUGUAAGAAUCAUGUAAAUUGAAAAAAAUACAUUCCAUGAAAAAUCGUCUUUGAAUCUUAUAAUCCAUUGCUUACUAAAUUUUUU